CAAAUUUCUCGUCUUCUACCACCCAAUACCAACAAUUCCAGGCCAAGAAAGAUCAAACCCUGCCAGUUUUUCGCCACAGGUGUUUCACAGUAUAAAGAACCGGCUGAUGGGCUCCACCAGCAGAUACUUCGCAGAAGAGUAACUCACAGACGCAUCGCCAACAUGAAUUCCUUUUUUUCCACCGAGCAAGUCCUCUGCAUCAUCCCCUUCUUGGCCGUGUUUCUCCUUGCCUUUGGUAAACUUUAUUCUCGCCGGUACUGCGGUUCUCCAGUGGAUGGUCAUGGCUCCGCUGUGCUGAUAACUGGCUGUGACAGCGGUUUUGGCUACGAGCUGGCUCGAAGCUUGGACCACAAGGGUUUUGUGGUCUUUGCCGGGUGCUUGUUUCCGCAGGGAAUGGGUGCCCAGAGCCUGGCCAAAGAGAGCUCCAGUAAUUUAAAAAUCCUCAAACUGGACGUAACCAGUAAUGAGGAUGUGCAGCAGGCAAAGAAGACUGUCAAGGAGAACCUGCCGGAAAACGGUCUGUGGGCAGUGGUGAACAACGCUGGCAUCUCGGACUGGGGUGAGAUUGAAUGGAGCACAAUUGAAGACUUCCGCCACAUGGUGGACAUCAACCUCUUUGGGUGCAUCAGGAUGACUGUGGCCUUCCUGCCUUUGGUGCGUGCUGCCAAAGGCAGGAUGGUCUUCGUGUCGAGCAUAUUCUCUUUCUUCAACUGCCUGAACAUGGCAACAUACAGCGUGUCCAAACGAGGACUGGAAGCAUUUGCAGACUGCUUACGGGUGGAAAUGGACAGCUUUGGUGUGAAGGUUAGCAUCAUUCAGCCAGGUAACUUCGGCCAAGCCACCAACAUUGUAAAGAUGAAGACCCUAUCCGACAUUUGGAGUAAGUUCGAUGAUGAGCGUAAGCAAGUCUUCAACCGAGACUACAUUGAGUUAGCCAUCGAGUACUUUGUCUACACAUGCAAGAUGGGGUUCACCAAUGCAGACAAAGUCAUUGCUGCCAUGCUGCACGCGCUAACGGCCCCCCACCCAAAACGUCGAUACUUGGUAGUCUCAGCCAUGGAUCGGGUGUUCUUCCAACUCUACCCUUUUCUCCCCACUGCUUUCACUGACUCUGUGUUUUCUCUCAGCUCCAUCUAUGCUAAAAGAAAAGAAAUGUUGUAUAGUUAGAAGGGUAAGCCCCCGCCCCCCUUCUUUAUUCGUUCACCAUGACAUGACAUAUACUCUCAGCUCCAUGUCAUGAAGCUUUGGUAGCAAACUUCUUAAGAUUAUGUCACAGAAUUAGGGUGCGCAAGAGAGGAAAGAGUAAUUUCGGAGACUUUGGCAAAGGGGAUUUCACUGCACAACACGAGGAAAAAAAGCCCUUAAUCUCAAGAACACUGAGUGAAUGUUCAUUUCAUUUCUAUGGUCUGUUCAUACCUUGAGUGGAGGGUCAACUGUAUUCAAUUGACAAAGAAUGGCCAUGGUUCUCUUGAGCAAGAUGGCAAAAUGUGUAUACUAUCUUAUGUAUUUUAUAAAAAUAUACAUUAGCAUUUUUCACUUGGGGCAAGAGAGUGUAAUCAAAUGGCUGUAUUACCAGCGACGUGUAUUUUUCUAUGUAUUGCAAUAAUUUUUGAAUGCUUUGUCCGGUAUACUUAUUACAAGAAAGUGUUUCCGUUCAACCAAUUUGACACCCUGCUCUUGUGAUACUCUAACUUUGCAGAAGCAAAUAAAAUUACUGGAACUCGUGUG